GGGGGCUUGUAAUCCGACACUGCGGGGGCUUGCAUUGAUUCAUUUUCAUUUGCCAUUUUGCUCCGUUCGAGACAAGACGCGCGUCUGCUCUUUUGUCAGCCAGAAUUCAAUGGAUGGUAACCCCGACGAUGCCAGCGGAUGGAAGACUAAGCUCAAACAGGCCGUUGCCGUCAACAAGCAACUGGUUCCACUUAAGCUGACCAUGCUGCUCUACUACGGCGCUGUGUCGCUGUAUUUGCCGUACAUGACCCUUCAAAUGAUCCAGGUGGGUCUCAACAUUGAAGAGAUCGCCAUCAUCUACUCGGUCCUGCCGUUCGUCACUUCCGUCAUGCCCCCAAUAGCUGGUAUGCUGGCGGACAGGUUUCACUGCUACAAGUUGAUCUUGAUCGUCAUCGUCGCUUCGGUGGCCGUUUUCCACACGUCCCUGCUGCACAUCGACGCCCGCAUUUCGUCUGAGGUCCAGUCGUCGGGAUCAGAUUUCGAAACUCCCGCCGAAAUCGUCUGCAGCCGCUUGGGCGCCGUCCUGCGCUUCGAGAACUACUCGUGCGAGGCCAGCAGCAGCAAUCACCAGGAAAUGUGGACGGUCGACUGGACGCCGUCGCAAUGCCGGCCGAUGGAUUGCCAUGGAGUGCCGGCCCGGAUGCAGCUCUGCCUCUCCAACGGCAACUGCACGCAAAUCGCGACCGGAUCGACGUCCGUGCUGGAAAUGGACGCCUUGCUCGAGGUGCUGGACGUGACGUCCUGGACGGGCGGAGAGAAUAACACUGGCGGCAACUGCACCGCCCAAAUCGUCAGCGCUCAAACGGACCAGACUCGAAUUCCGGCCUCGCUCCUCUGCAACUGCCCGAUCCGCUGUCCGGCCGUCGCGGCGCCGAUCUCAUCCGAGUUGCUGGACAACAAUUCCAGUCUCAGUAGUAGCGCCGACUUGUUGCCCGUCGAGCAGCAAAAGGAAUUGGAUCGACUCAAACACAAUCGAGGAUUUUGGCUCUAUUUCAUCCUUCGGAUCAUCGCUUCCGGUUCUCUAGCCACCUCUUUCUCCAUGUUGGAUGCAACUGCCAUUAAAAUGGUCAAGAAACAUCACGGCGAUUUGGGCAAACAGCGUCUCUUUGGCGUCAUUGGCCAAGCCAUUUGCGCCGUUCUCGCUGGAAUAAUACUCGACUGGACGGUCGUGGGAAAAGGUUACCCCGACUACUCGAUCACCUUCUAUUUGGCCGACGGCAUGUUCGUCGUGACAGUUCUACUGAUGAGCCAAUUGGACGUCGGCGUCGAGGAGCACAGCGAGGCCACCAAACUGAUGACGAGCAUCUCGAAACUGAUCCGGCUGAUUGACGUCGACAUCUUCAUGAUCAUGAUGCUGCUGCUGGGCACCUGUUGGGGAUUCCUCGAGUCCUUUCUCUUUGUUUACCUGACCGAACUGGAGGCCAGCAGUUACCUGCUUGGAAUGACCAUCACCUUUGCCAGCAUCAUUGGCAUUCCUUUCCUCUACGUCUCGGACGUGAUUGUGCGCAAAAUCGGCUCGGUCAACGUCAUCGUCCUGGCCUUCCUGGCCUAUUGCAUCCGGUUCUUUGGCUACUCUUUCAUCUGGGAUCCGUGGCUGAGUCUUCCGUUUGAAGCUUUAGAGGCCGUCACGGUCCACAUGAUGGCCGUGGCCAGUUCAAUUUAUUGCGCCGCGGCAGCCCCGCCCGGUCUCCUGGCGACGUUGAACGGCGCCGUCGGUUCCUUUCAUUAUUCAUUUGGUCGCGGAGUGGGCAGUUUCGCCGGCGGCAUCAUGAUGGCCAAUUUCGGGACCAGGACGACAUUCCGCAUUCUUGGUGCUGGCGCCGGAAUUUGUGGCGUUUUCUAUUUCCUCCUCCAUCGCUUCUACCUCGCCAAAAUCGAGAAGCACAGACUGCGCAGGAAAUCCACCAAGCCCGCCAUAAUCAUUUCCGAAGAGGCGGGACCCAUCACAAUCAAACUCGACUUGUUGGAUGCCGACGAAAAAAUGAAUAAUCGCUCCUCGUCGGAUGAAGAGGAGGAUGACGUCAAAGAUGCCGCCAUGGAUUAUUUGUUUGAACCCGAUGGUCUCAAAGGUCGUCGAUUGAGCGCCUUCUGAUUAUUCGAAAACAGAAGUUGACGACUUUGAUCAAAAUCACUAAAAUUUAGGUCUCGAUUAUGUAAUUAUAUAGUGCCGACGCGUUUUAAAAAACAAUUCUUAUACGAUACACUACUCACUUGGAACAAAAAACUAUGUGCAAAAAAAAAAAAGAAAUACGUAAUUUACUAUCAGUUAUUCCAAGUAUGACUAUGCUGUAUAUUUUAUAUAGGGCCUAUAGUAAUGUCCAAGAAAAACCAAAAUUAAAAUUUGGGAAUAGAUUUUUUAUCAAUUUAUCAGAUACAAUAAACGAUGCAAAUUUAACAAA